GUUUGAACUACGGGACGACGUGACGUCGCAAGCCAUCUCCCCCCCGCCCCCCAACUACUCCUCCCCCUACUGGCACAACAUACCUUUUGGUCGCCGGCGAAGAGCUGUUCUCCGUCGGCCCAGUCCGUCGCCGGCAGCCAGGACAGAGGUCGUCAUGGGUCACCGCGAGCUCGUCGUCUCCUCGCUGCUGGCGUGGCUCGUCGCUGGGUCUUCCGUGGUCGCCGUCGAUCAUCUCCCUUCGUUCGUCAAGAUCUGCAGGAGAAGCGACCCGAAGCUGAGCGAAUGCGUCAAAGACUCAGUGGAAAACCUGAGGCCGUACUUAGCCGCAGGCAUACCGGAGCUGCGCAUACCGCCGUGCGAGCCGCUGGUAAUACCGCAGGUGGAACUGAACCAGGGCAAAGGCCCAGUGAACGUGAGGUCGACCUACUCCAACAUCAAGGUCUGGGGCCCCACCAACUUCCAGCUGAAAACUGUCAAGCUGGACCUGCAGCACAACCGGGUGCGCAUGCGCGUGUUCCUGCCCCACCUGUACUUCACCAGCGACUACGAGAUGUCGGGCCGCGUCCUGCUGCUGCCCAUCGCCGGCCGCGGUCGCUGCCACAGCAACUACACCGACGUGGAAGCAGCUUGCGACAUGAGCGGCAGGAUGAACAAGCACGCUGACGGGAAGACCUACUACCAGGUGACCGACUUGAGGUUCCGGCUCGACAUCGGCAACGCCAGCAUGCACCUGUCGGACCUCUUCAAUGGCGACCAGAUGCUAGGCGAUGCCAUGAACACCUUCCUGAACGAGAACUGGAAGACUGUCGCGAUGGAAAUCCGGCCCCUGAUCGAGGAGACGAUAGCUGCCACCAUCAAGGACAUGUCCAACCGAAUCUACAGCUCGACAAGCAUGGACGUCCUUAUGCCCGAAUAGACUCACUCGAGUUGCACACAUACACGCCCUCGUAUUUACUAAACCCUUUCGUUAUUAGUUAUUUAUUUCACAUCCUAUCUGUAUAUACGAAUCGAGCACCCUUAGUUAAAAUAAAAUAAAAAUCACUGGUUACUGUCAAA